UGGAUUGUUCAAGCCAUGGAUGACCCGCUUGGAGCUUGAAGAACGCAGGCGUUUGGAAGACUCCUCCAAAUUUUGGGUGAUGGCCCUACGAGUCCCCCUACGAGCAAUGUUUCCUAUAGCCGACAUGGUGGAACAGAGCAUGGGGAGAAUCAUUAACACGAUUCCCCCACAACCAGACGCGACAAGGCCUAAACUAAUGAAUAUGAAGUUUGAACUCGUCCCGGAAGCGGAAGGUGCAUUUGAGCCACUGCUCCACGUACGGUUAGACGACGGAGAAAAUAUCAACUUCGAAUUCGUAUGUAAACAUACGCCAUAUUGCGACCGAUGCAGGUGGUGGAACCAUACCGCCACGGACGGCUGUCCACGGUUGAGACAACAACCGGGAGACCAAGCAGAAGACCAAGGGAUGGCAGAUAAUUUUUCAGCAAGGAACGACCAAGGAAGAAGACAGGCUUGGCUGGACCUGAACGCAAGUGUUACUGGAGGAAUCAGGGAGGCGGUUAGAGAUCUGGAGGUAAUUUCGCACCAAACUGUGGCGGAAUCGUCACUUCGGGCAGCUUCUGGGCAUCAAGCUCAGCCACGUCCCGGCCUUUCAGGAAACACUGGAAGGCCAGGUUCAUUGCAUCAACAAAUCGGUGGAACGUCGAGCCAAGCGUGGGCGCCUCCGCCUGGACAACCAGGCACAGGGCAUGCAAGGAUUUUUCAACCAAGCCAUAACUCCCAUUUGCAAGAAGCACAUUGUGGCUUGGGAGAGCGGUUUAUGGGAGGGAACCAGCAAUGGCAACCAUCAGUGCUUGAGGUGGCGAAAAUUAUGGCGGACGAACUGUUACGACGACGCCUGUCACUACAGGAUAGGGAAGCAGGGCAACACAGAGAGGAAGCAAGCUCUAGGGAACUAGCAAUAGUCCCUGAACAAGAAGUGGCCAACGGAAGGACUGGCACGGAGCGGAGGGACCAGCAAGGUAGACGUCUGAGAGGUGACGGGAUUCGGAGAGCAGAUGACAGAAUAGGGAGGCGGGACUGGAGAGCGAAAGGAGGAGAACAUGGGACUGAAGGAGGGAUCGGGGAGGAAAAAGAGAUAGAGGUUGAGGAUGUAGAAUCCCCGAGAGAUAUCCAAGAUGGUGCACUAGUUCGGUCGAGAGAGGAUCAAGCGAUGGAGGACAACUUAAUCCUCCCGUUUGUAUGCACGCUGCAAGGUCAGGAAAUUUUCGUCUUGUGCAUAAGAACAGAAGAGGGGGGACAUGUCAUGCCGGCCAGCAACAUUCUUGAAAUCUCAUCUCCGCAAUUCAUCAAUAUGAAGGUUCGCCAACUGUUCGCAGAACGAUUCUGCUUUAGACUGUUUCCCGAAGAUCCAAUCACACGCUUCCAAGUGGACCUACCAGGGGGAGACAAAGCAAGAUAUGCAGUUCCACUGGUUGAUGCUCGCAUUCCUCCAGAUCUGUGGAUGAACAUUGGUUCGGUGAAUUUGAUUGGCAUCCCGUUGCGUUUAUUCCUCUCAGAUCCAAAUGGGGAGUUGGAAGCUAUUGCAGUUGAACCAGGCAUGACAACGACAUUGCUGCAACGCCUGAAUGGGGAGCUACCAAAGAGAAGGAAUCUCACAUCAGCAUACUUUGCAGAGGACGUGUACAGAACCGUUAAUCCGUUGCAGCCUGGGUUCACCUGGUCCGGGAGACCCCCGCAAGCUGCAGGAGCUACACGGAGAUUGGACUUCUUUUUAGUGGCUGAAAGCUUGGCUUCAAAUGUGAUCCAGAUUAAUGAACAGAAUGCAGACUUAUCUGAUCACAAGCCGGUUUUGAUGUCAGUCCACUCAGACUCACAGGGUGAGAGAGGCCCCGAGUGUUUCCGCUUGAAUACACAGAUGCUGGAAGACGAGGGUGUGUGCGGGUGGGUUGAGCAGUUUUGGAAAGAUUGGGAGGAGGCGAAGCAGAGUUUUGAAACAAGAGGGGAGUGGUUGGAAGUGGGUCUUCGCAUAAUCUCGAAUAAAAUGGAGACUUUCUCCUCCAUAGCGGCAUAUCUAAGGAAUAUGGAAGAACAGGACUGCAAGCGGAGGGUAGAUGAAGCAGAACAGCGCAUCAACUCGCACCCGAUUUCAGAAGUGGCAUGGACGGAGGAAAGGGCGGCAAGAUUGCAGGAAUGGGAUAAGAUUCAACAGGCCAAACAAAUCAGGUGGGAGCAGAUCUUGGCAGAAAAGAAGAUCGUCACCGGCGACUGUAUGACGAAGGAAACUUUUCAAAGGUUGCUGCCGAAGAGGCGAACGGUUCAGAUGAAAGAGCUGUGUCACCCUCAUCUCAAUGGAAUGCCUUUGGCCAACAGCAACGAGGCUCUGUGCAACUACGCAGCGGCCUAUUUCAGCGACAUCCUGACCUCAAGAUCUAGAUUUGAGGACCCCUGUACUAACCUGGCUGAACACUCUGAUGUAUGGGAUAGUCUGGGGUCGGCACUGUCAGGCGAGGCUCAGAACGAACUGGACAGACCGCUAACAGCAGAGGAACUGACCCAUACUCUACAUACCAUGGCAAAAGGUAAGGCCCCCGGAGAGGAUGGCCUCCCACUGGAAUUCUACAAGGCAUGUUGGAGCAUGCUCGUAGAGGACCUAGUGGCGGUCUAUAAUGAAAUUCCAGAAGGUGGAAAGCUGGGCAAGUCCAUAGCUAAAGGCAUCAUCACGCUGUUGUACAAAAAGGGGGACAGGAGUGAAAUCAGAAAUUGGAGGCCAAUUUCACUCCUUAACCUCUCAUACAAGGUGUUGGCAAAGAUGCUGGCCAACAGGCUGGCAAUCCACCUACCAGGUCUGGUGGGGCUGGACCAAGGUGCGUUCGUCAGGGGCAGGUCAAUUAUGGACAAUCUGGCUACAGCCAUUGAGUUGCUAGAGGUAAUUGAUGGGAAGAAUGAGGAGGUGGCAGUCCUAAGGUUGGAUUUGGAAAAGGCCUAUGACAGAGUCAAUUGGGCGUUUGUUCUCACGACAUUGAAAGCAAUGAACUUUGGGGAAGCAUUCUGCAGUUGGGUCAGAGUUCUGUACUUGUUCUCAUCAGCAGUCGUGCAAGUAAAUGGUUACCACUCAGAAGAGUUCAAUUUAUCACGUUCGCUGAGGCAGGGAUGCCUUUUGGCCCCCCUGCUCUUCGUUCUCCAGCUAGACGUUCUGCUGCAUGACAUCAGAGUACAUCCUCUGCUGGAAGGUUUGCGACUUAAGAGCGGCAAAGAGUGCAGGGUUAAGGCGCUUGCAGAUGACCUACUAGCCCUGUCAGCUAAUACAGUAGACCCGCUAGAAGCUCUAAAGCAGUGCCCGUUACGUUAUGCUGACUUAUCAGAAGCUGCCGUCAACUGGAACAAGUCCAUUUACUACCUACUGAAGGAUUACCAACUGAAGGUUGAAUGGGGUAUGCACAGGGUCCAAGAGGGCGAAGCGGAGAGAUAUCUGGGGGUUCAAUUGGCACUAGGAGACAGCUCAGAAUCCCAAUCCUUGAUCUCGAAGGAGAAAGUUACAGGUAGGAUCAAGAGUUGGGGUUCAGCGCAUGCCAAAGGAGAAAAGGGGGCUGGGCUUGCUAGACCCAGAAACACAGAAUCUGGGCCUACUGUCGAAACGGAUUGCGAAGGUGGGAGCGGCAGACCAGGGAGCUGACAGGUGUUUUUUGGCAGAGGAAAUUUUGGCAGAACAGUGGGAACUUUCGAGAUCG